GGAAUUUAUUUCAGAUGAAUCGGCGUAGUUUACGCCAAAGGCCGAGAAUUAGUUACUACGAACCCGAAGAGCCGAGUUUAGACGAAUAUAUUUAUUGCGAUGGGUGCACCGACUUUGUGUACGAAUACUGUGCGAUUCACGGGCCUUUACUUGUCAUUCCUGAUGAUAAGGUUCCUACCAAAAGUCCCUUCCCGGCCUACGUCCCCCGCGCCGCGCUCACAAUCCCGCAUGUGUUCCUACAUAUAGCACCCUCUAUUAUACCAGGCGCUGGUCUGGGUAUAUUCAGUACUUUGACUCUACCACGCGGCGUUCGCUUCGGACCGUACUGCGGAGUACGCACGCAAAAUGUCGACUCCAUGUAUUGUUGGCAGAUAUACGAUAGAAACGGCAAAAGAUCUCACGUAGUGGACGCGGAGGAUGGUAAUCGGUCCAACUGGAUGCGUUACGUCAACUGCGCGCGGAACUGGCGGGAACAAAACCUCUUGGCUUACCAAUAUCAAGGGCAGCUUUAUUAUAGAACUAUCAAAAUAAUCCCUCGCUUCACGGAGCUACUAGUGUUCUACGGCAGCGAGUUCGCGAACACGCUGCAUAUCAACCUGAGCAAGUAUAACGCGCCUCCGGGAUAUGCUCAGAAAUUCGGUGCACCCCCCGCCAAGAAACCAAAGCAAGACCUACAAAACGAAAACCAAGAGAUACCGAAAUCAUCAAAAUUUCAGAAAACUGAAGAAAAACUAAAUAAUAGUCCCGAUGUACCCGAAAAUAGCAAGAGUGAACCUAACAGUAAAAGUCAAAAGUAUAUUUCAAACAGUUGUGUUACAAAAAAUAAACCUGAUAUUAAGGUUAUAAAAAAUAUUGAACCAUCAAAUAGUAAAGAUAUUCCAAUUCAGUAUAAUAAUUAUGUAAAUGAAAACAAAUUCAAAUGUAAGAUCUGUAAUUAUAAAGGCAUAAAUAAUAGCGAUUUGGAAAGACAUAGCUUAAGACAUAAAAAUAUUAGUACUAAAAAGCCUAAAAAAUGUGAUGUUAGUCCGAGACGUUUUAGUCAAAAGUGUGAUUUAGUUAAACACACUCGUACACAUACUGGUGAGAAACCUUACAAAUGUGAUUUUUGUCCAAAUCGGUUUAGUGAAAAGGGACAUUUAGUAACACACAUUCGUACACACAGUGGUGAGAAACCUCAUAAAUGUGAUAUUUGUCCGAGUAGUUUUAGUGAGAAGGGUAGUUUAAUAAGACACAUUCGUACACACACGGGUGAGAAACCUUAUAAAUGUGAUAUUUGUCCUAGUAGUUUUAGUGAGAAGGGUAGUUUAAUGAAACACAUUCGUACACACACGGGUGAGAAACCUUAUAAAUGUGAUAUUUGUCCUAGUAGUUUUAGUCAAAAGAUUCAUUUAAUAAGACAUAUUCGUACACACACUGGUGAGAAACCUUAUAAAUGUGAUAUUUGUCCGAGUAGUUUUAGACACUCGAAUACUUUAAUAACACACAUUCGUACACACACUGGUGAGAAACCUUAUAAAUGUGAUAUUUGUCCGAGUAGUUUUUGUCAAAAGAGUGAUUUAAUAAAACACAUUCGUACACAUACUGGUGAGAAACCUUACAUAUGUGAUUUUUGUCCAAGUAGUUUUAGUGAAAAGGGUAGUUUAAUAAGACACAUUCGUACACACACUGGUGAUAAACCUUAUAAAUGUGAUUUUUGCCCAAGUCGUUUUAGUGAAAAGGGACAUUUAGUAACACACAUUCGUACACACACUGGUGAGAAACCUUAUAAAUGUGAUAUUUGUCGGAGGAGUUUUAGUGUAAAGAGUCAUUUAAUAAGACACAUUCGUACACAUACUGGCGAGAAACCUUACAUAUGUGAUUUUUGUCCGAGUAGUUUUAGUGAAAAGGGUAGUUUAAUGAGACACAUUCGUACACACACUGGUGAGAAACCUUAUAAAUGUGAUAUUUGUCCUAGUAGUUUUAGUCGAAAGAUUAAUUUAAUAACACACAUUCGUACACACACUGGUGAGAAACCUUAUAAAUGUGAUAUUUGUCCUAGUAGUUUUAGUCGAAAGAUUAUUUUAAUAACACACAUCCGUACACACACUGGUGAGAAACCUUAUAAAUGUGAUAUUUGUCCGAGUAGUUUUAGUGUAAAGAAUAGUUUAGUUAGACAUAUUCGUACACACAGUGGUGAGAAAUCUUUAAAAAAAAUACAGAAAAGUGUCAGACAUCAAAAAAGUAUAAAAACACAUUAUCGUUUCUUCGAGAUGUUUUCCUUCACCUUUUUAUCAGCCAUUGGUGUCAAAAGCCAACAGUUGCAUUGGCGCCAAACCGUUUACCAAAAUCGGCGGGAAACGCAACUUCGUCCUGUCAGUGACAGUUUUAUUCAGAAAGAGUUGUUGUGCUGUGUAAAGAAUAAAAGAAAAUUAGGCAAGAUGAAUAGGCGUAGUUUACGCCAAAGACCGCGAAUUAGUUAUUACGAACCCGAAGAACCGAGUUUGGACGAAUACAUUUAUUGCGAUGGGUGCACCGACUUUGUGUACGAAUACUGUGCGAUUCACGGGCCUUUACUGGUCAUUCCUGAUGAUAAGGUUCCUACCAAAAGUCCCUUCCCGGCCUACGUCCCCCGCGCCGCGCUCACAAUCCCGCAUGUGUUCCUACAUAUAGCACCCUCUAUUAUACCAGGCGCUGGUUUGGGUAUAUUCAGUACUUUGACUCUACCGCGCGGCGUUCGCUUCGGUCCGUACUGCGGAGUUCGCACGCAAAAUGUCGACUCCAUGUAUUGUUGGCAGAUAUACGAUAGAAACGGCAAAAGAUCUCACGUAGUGGACGCGGAGGAUGGUAAUCGGUCCAACUGGAUGCGUUACGUCAACUGCGCGCGGAACUGGCGGGAACAAAACCUCUUGGCUUACCAAUAUCAAGGGCAGCUUUAUUAUAGAACUAUCAAAAUAAUCCCUCGCUUCACGGAGCUACUAGUGUUCUACGGCAGCGAGUUCGCGAACACGCUGCAUAUCAACCUGAGCAAGUAUAACGCGCCCCCGGGAUAUGCUCAGAAAUUCGGUGCACCCCCCGCCAAGAAACCAAAGCAAGACCUACAAAACGAAAAACAAGAGAUACAAAAAUCAUCAAAAUUUGAGAAAACUGAAGAAAAACUAAAUAAUAGUCCUGAUGUACCCGCAAAUAGCAAGAGUGAACCCAACAGUGAAAGUCAAAAGUAUAUUUCAAACAGCUGUGUUACAAAAAAUAAAGCUGAUAUUAAGGUUAUAAAAAAUAUUGAACCCUCAAAUAGUCAAGAUAUUCCAAUUCAGUGUAAUAAAUAUGUAAAUGAAAAUGAAUUCAAAUGUAAGAUCUGUAAUUAUAAAGGCAUAAAUAAUAGCGAUUUGGAAAGACAUAGCUUAAGACACAAAAAUAUUAGUACUAAAAAGCCUAAAAAAUGUGACGUUAGUCCGAGACGUUUUAGUCAAAAGUGUGAUUUAGGUAAACACACUGCUGAGAAACCUUAUAAAUGUGAUAUUUGUCCGAGUAGUUUUAGUGAGAAGGGUAAUUUAAUAAAACACAUUCGUACACACACUGGUGAGAAACCUUAUAAAUGUAAUAUUUGCCCGAAUAGUUUUAUUCAAAAGGCUGGCUUAGUUUAUCACAUUCGUACACACACUGGUGAGAAACCUUAUAAAUGUGAUAUUUGUCCGAGUAGUUUUAGUGUAAAGAGUAAUUUAAUAUCACACAUUCGUACACACACUGGUGAGAAACCUUAUAAAUGUGAUAUUUGUCCGAGUAGUUUUAGUCGAAAGGGUGAUUUAAUUAUACACAUUCGCACACACACUGGUGAGAAACCUUAUAAAUGUGAUAUUUGUCCGAGUAGUUUUAGUCGAAAGGGUGAUUUAAUUAUACACAUUCGCACACACACUGGUGAGAAACCUUAUAAAUGUGAUAUUUGUCCGAGUAGUUUUAGUGAAAAGGGACAUUUAGUAACACACAUUCGUACACACACUGGUGAGAAACCUUAUAAAUGUGAUAUUUGUCCGAGUAGUUUUAGUCAAAAGAAUAAUUUAAUAAGACACAUUCUUACACACACUGGUGAGAAACCGUAUAAAUGUUAUAUUUGUCCGAGUAGUUUUAGUCUAAAGCAUCAUUUAAUAACACAUAUUCGUACACACACUGGUGAGAAACCUUAUAAAUGUGAUAUUUGUCCGAGUAGUUUUAGUCAAAACGCACAUUUAAGAACACAUAUUCGUACACACACUGGUGAGAAACCUUAUAAAUGUGAUAUUUGUCCGAGUAGUUUUAGUGUAAAGAGUAAUUUAAGAACACACAUUCGUACACACACUGAUGAGAAACCUUAUAAAUGUGAUAUUUGUCCGAGGAGUUUUAGUCACAAGAAUAGUUUAGUAUAUCACGUUCGUACACACACUGGUGAGAAACCUUAUAAAUGUAAUAUUUGUCCGAGUAGUUUUACUGUAAAGAGUAAUUUAAUAACACACAUUCGUACGCACACGGGUGAGAAACCUUAUAAAUGUGAUAUUUGUCCUAGUAGUUUUAGUGUAAAGAGUUAUUUAAUAACACACAUUCGUACACACACUGGUGAGAAACCUUAUAAAUGUGAUAUUUGUCCGAGUAGUUUUAGUGUAAAGAGUUAUUUAAUAACACACAUUCGUACACACACUGGUGAGAAACCUUAUAAAUGUGAUAUUUGUCCGAGUAGUUUUAGUCAAAACGCACAUUUAAGAACACAUAUUCGUACACACACUGGUGAGAAACCUUAUAAAUGUGAUAUUUGUCCGAGUAGUUUUAGUGUAAAGAGUAAUUUAAGAACACACAUUCGUACACACACUGGUGAGAAACCUUAUAAAUAUUCAGAAAAGUGUCAGACAGCGAAAUAG